UGCAUCCAGGAUGACACACAUGACGGGACUGUGCCCGCGAGAUGCCAGCAGCAGGUGAGAGUGAAGACCGGGCAAAGACCCGGGAAAGAUUCAAUGAAGUGUUCAAGAAAUACUCUGAGACAGACAAGAAGAAGGCGAAGAAGAAAACCACUGAAACUCAGGAGACCAUUGUGCUUCAGAAUCUGAAAAAGAAUCUCAACCUUGAGAAGGACACGGAGGAAGAUGAGACCAUCCUCCAGAACACGUAUCACCCUGAACAGGGCAGCCCUCGCUACACCAAGAAUAAACGAAGAGAGAGGGAGACAGCAGAGAAGGUUAAUAUCAACAACAGUAGAAACCAAGAGGAGAUUCAAGCUUCAAAGGGCAAGAGGAAAAGUAAGAGGGAGCUUCCACCCCUCCCUGUACCUGAAGACACCUCAAGUCACAUCCAGGAGGAUGUGGACGCUUCCAAGUCUGAGAUCGCUUUGGAGCCAGAUGAUUUAGAUGGUGGAAAGGAACCAAAGAGAAAAAGUAAGAAGGGGAAAAGCAAAGGAGCGACAGAGGCCAAGGAGGAGAGUCAGGUGGAGGACACAGAGGACAAGCUGCUGCAUGAAUACCAGCAGCAGAUUGUACAAGAGGAGCAGAGGACUUUAAAGAAGACAAGAGUCAAGUCUGAGGAAGAUGUUGUCUCCCAGAACGUUCCGCUAAAUAAUGACGUCGGAAAGAAGAAAAAGAAAAAGCUGAAAUCUGUAAUCACACAGUCCGAAGCAGGGUAUCAAGAUGAAGAUGCUGACCUGGAUGCUGAUGUGGAAAACGAAACAGAAACCAAGGGAAAGAAGAAAAAGAAGAAGACAAAACAUGUUGUCAAAGAAGAGAUUGAGACUGAGGCGGAAGUACCACAGCAGCCAACGUUUGACGACAGCCUCGUGCUGGGAGUGUACAUCCACAGAACAGAUCGCCUCAAGAACGAGCUACUGAUCUCACACCCCAUGGUGAAGAUCCAUGUUGUCGAUGAAGUCACUGGACAGUAUGUGAAGAAGGAAGACUGCCAUCGUCCAGUCUCCUCAUUUUACGAGCAAGAGAACGUUGACCACAUUCUCCCCAUCAUGACUCAACCUUUCGACUUCAAGAAGAACAAAUCAAUCAUCCCGGAGUGGCAGGAACAGAUCAUCUUCAAUGAACGCUUUGGUUACUUUGUUCAACAAAACGAUGAAAGCCCCAGAGUGCUUCUCUUCUUUGAAAUCCUGGACUUCAUAACUAUGGAAGAAGCGAGAGCCAAUGUUGAUGUUGACAAGCAUGAGCGAGGAUUCAGAAAGAUUGCAUGGGCGUUCCUCAAGCUUGUCGGCACAAAUGGUGUGCUGAAUAUCGACAGUAAACUUCGCCUCCAGCUCUUCUGCCCUCCACCUCGGGCAAAACGACAGCCCAAAACAAUUGAGGUGGUCGAGUGGUGGAGGAAAUACCCCCGGAACAAAUACGCAUCCACUCUUUAUGUUACGGUGAAAGGCAUUAAACUCCCCGAGCAUGUGGACCCAAGUAUUCGGUCCAUGAUGGCGCUGCAGGAGGAGCGGGGCAGCACCUCCUACAGUGAGCUGCAGAAUGAAGUCACUAAGAAAAGCCUGACACAACCGCUAGACAGCAAACCACCAGCGCUGAGAUGGAGCAGGCUGCCGGGACAGGUCUGUCGGAUUCCCAACAAACUCAUGCUGUCAUUCCGCGGCGGUCAGAUGGGCUGCUUCACGGUGCUCUUCUCUCACAGCGGGACAAUACUGGCUGCUGCUUGUGCUGACAGAGACGCGUUCCCUGUUGUAGUGUAUGAGAUUCCCUCUGGAAAGGUUUUGGCUGCCUUCAGUGGCCAUCUGAAAAUAGUCUACGAUCUCUGCUGGUCCAGAGACGAUCGGACUCUUUUGUCUGCCUCCUCUGAUGGAACUGUCAGAGAGUGGAACGUGGAGAGGCUUCUGGGUUCGGCACAAAAGGUGCUCCCUCAUCCAUCCUUUGUGUACUGUGCCCAGUACCACCCCACGGCCCAGAACCUGGUGGUGUCCGGCGGCUACGACUCUCUGGUGCGAGUGUGGAGACUCGAUGUGGAUGAUGUGAAUGGCCAGCUGCUGCAGGAGUUUGAGGGCCACAACAGUUUCAUCAACACGGUUUGCUUUGACUCUGAAGGAAGAAGAAUGUUCUCUGCAGACAACACAGGCCUGAUCAUCGUGUGGAGGACUUCAGUAAACGACAGCAAACACCGUCAGCCGUGUAAUCGCUGGUGUAUAGAGAAGAAAAUUAACGAGAGUGACCUCGGCGGCAUCCCCAUCAACAUGAUGCAGCUCCAUCCAAACGGGCGGUGCCUCCUCAUCCACGCCAAAGACAGCGUCCUGAGGAUGAUGGACUUGAGAAUCCUGGCUGUGAAGAAGUACACAGGAGCAACAAACUACAGAGAAAGGAUCUAUAGCACUUUCACGCCAUGUGGGAACUUCAUCUUCUCCGGCAGCGAGGACGGGAUGGCGUAUGUCUGGAAUACAGACACAGGUGAUCAAGUUGCGGUCUACUCCGAGCUUUGUUACCCGACCGCUCUCCACAGCGUGGCCUUCCACCCUCACGAAAACAUGGUCGCUUUCUGUGCCUUCGGUCAGAGCCAGCCUGUCCACGUGUACCUGUAUGAUCGCAAAGUUUCCCAGCUGGAAGUGCAUAACAUAAAAGCAGCAUCGAGCGUGAGCAGGUCGGUUUCUGCAGACACAAGAACCAUCAGAAACACGCCUGAUCUGCCGGCGUUGCAGGAUGCAUCCGGCGCCGCAGCCAUGGAUCAGUUUGCCCAGGCGACGAGACUUGCAAUGAAAAUGCAGAGUGUUAAGGAGCAACUGAAUUCCGUCCUUGAGCCAAAUCGGAGAUCUUCAACUUCAGGAUACAUUUAUGAGCAAGACAAAAUGGGGAGGAGCUUUACAUCUGAUUCUGGCACAAUGGGAUUAAAUGCUUCGUUACCUCCUCCGUCUCUCCUGUCUCCGCACUCCAAGCUGCAGCUGUCUGGCUCUCUCGCGGAGCAGCUUAUCCCCCAGGCAGCUCUCAGCACCCAAAACCGCGGAUUCAAUCCAGUCGGUCAGCGUCUGAAAGGAGCCUCGUCUUUCAGGCUACAGUCGACCCUUCCUGACCACAUCUCUUCAGGCACCCACGUGGAAACCGACCCAAUUCAACAAGUCGUCGUCUCGCUGUACGACUACAGAGCGAAUCGAUCCGAUGAGCUGACCAUACGGCGUGGCGACGUCAUCCACGUUCUGUACAAAGACAAUGACAACUGGUGGUUUGGGCGUCUGGACAACGGGCAGCAGGGAUAUUUUCUUGCUUCUUACGUGGCGGAUCAGAGAGAUUACAAUGAGGGGGGUCAUGCACACUCUGAGGAGACUGCCGAGAGGUCGACACCAACCAGGGUAUCUGCUGCAAUUAGUUCUUCUGGGGAGCUUAGGUUUCUCUCUGAGCCGACUCUUUCUGACACCGAACCUGAGUUGACUGAUGCCAGAGCUAGAAGGAAAAAGAAAGUGAAAAAGCCAGAAGUCUCUGCACCUUCGUCUCAAGCCACCGUCUCAGAUGCAGACGCUUUGGAGUCGGCCGGCACCAGGAGGAGAGCCCGAUCCACAGACAGGCCUCUGCCAAAGAGACCCACGGGCCGGACUAACGGUGCCUUCCAGCCGGACACGUGAACUCAUGGACACAUGGUUGUUUUUAUAUGUUUUUAAUGACAAUUAACCAUGCAGGUUUGUUGUAUUUUUUACAGUUUAUUUUUAUUUUUAUAAUUAAGCAGUCGGUGUAUUCAUAUUCUGUAUUAAUGUGUAUUAAUACAGAAUUGUCAAUUAAAAAUUUGUCUUCACAUGUUUACAUAUUUAUUGACAUAAGAAUAAAUUGUGCACAUUUUUGCACCUAUAUAGAAAAUAUUUCUGUAAUAUUGUAGUUCUAUUUUCUUAGCCCGUAUGAGAUUAAAAGUUUGUAUAUGACACUUCUUCACAGCUAUAAAAAUACAGAUUAUUCAUGCUUUCUAUAGACCAUCAUGUGAAGUCAAAGUUUUGAUAUCUAAAAUGUUUAAAUAAAUACGCUUAUGAGCUA